AUGGACGGGAGAUGGCCAGACAGCAGGGGAUUCCUCCUCUGCCUCGCUGUCAGCCUCCUGCUCCAAGGAAGAGGUAACACCUUCACCAUCAAUUGUUCAGGCUUUGACCAGCACGGGGUGGAUCCCACUAUCUUCCAAGCAGUGUUUGACAGAAAGGCCUUCCGUCCAGUCACCAACCACAGCAUCCCCACUCGUGUCAACAUCUCCUUCACCCUGUCUGCCAUCCUGGAAGUGGACGCACAGCUCCAGCUGCUGACAUCAUUCCUGUGGAUAGAUCUGACAUGGGACAACCCUUCCAUCAGCUGGAACCCGGAAGAGUGUGUCGGCAUCAACAAACUCUCUGUAUCAGCGGAACACCUGUGGCUCCCUGACAUCUUCAUCUUGGAAUCGAUGAAUGUGAACCUGACACCUUCAGGUUUCACCACCUUCAUCAGCAGCGAAGGGCGAGUCAAGUACAGCAUACCAAUGCGCGUGACCAGCAUCUGCAACCUGGACAUCUUCUACUUCCCUUUUGACCAACAGAACUGCACCUUAACCUUCUGUUCUUUCCUCUACACAGUGGACAGCAUGGUCCUGGGCAUGGACAAGGAGGUGUGGGAGAUAACAAACUUAUCUCGCAAAGUCAUUUGGACUCGGGGAGAGUGGGAGCUCCUGAGCAUCAACAAAGCCACCCCAAAACUGUCCGUGGGCACAAACCUCUACGACCAGAUCAUGUUCUAUGUGGCCAUCAGGCGCAGGCCCAGCCUCUACAUCAUAAACCUCCUGGUGCCCAGUGGCUUUCUGGUUGCCAUCGACGCCUUCAGCUUCUACCUGCCAGCAGAAGGCCAGAACCGCGCGCCCUUCAAGAUCACCCUGCUGCUGGGCUACAACGUCUUCCUGCUCAUGAUGAACGACUUGCUCCCGGCCACCGGCACCCCCCUCAUCAGUGUCUACUUUGCCCUGUGUCUGUCCCUGAUGGUGGCCAGCCUGCUGGAGACCGUCUUCAUCACCUACCUGCUGCACCUGGCCACCACGCAGCCCCCACCCAUGCCCCAGUGGCUCCGCUCCCUGCUGCUGCACUGCACCAGCCCCAGGAAACAAAGCCCCACUGUGCCCCAGGAGGGCAGUAAGAGCCUGGGUCUCAGCCCCACCCACCUGCCAGGCCUGAAGGAGCCAGUAGAGCUGGUGGGGAAAGAGCCAGGUCCCAGGGAGGCAGGGCUGCGUGUGUGUCCUGAGCCGAUGAGGGCCCAGCCGGACCACGAGGCCCAGAAGCAGCGCUUGGUGGAGCUGUGGGUGCAGUUCAGCCACGUGAUGGACACCCUGCUCUUCCGCCUCUACCUGCUCUUCAUGGCCUGCUCCAUCAUCACCGUCAUUGUCCUCUGGAGCACCUAG